AUGGCCAUAUUGGCAUUGCCUACCGAGAUCAUUUCUCAUAUCUUCACUCAUCUUGACGAUCGACAUGUCUUCGCCGCACGUCUGAGCAGCAAGGUGCUCGAAGAAGCAUCGUUCAGCCACUUUGGCAAGCGGUUUUUCCGCAAAAAAGGCUUCAUGAUCACCACUGCCAGUCUAGAUGUAUUCCAGCAAGUCUCGCAGCAUCGAGGCCUUCAGAAACAUGUCCAGCAUAUUUGGUUCAAUCCAGACUGCUACACAUUCGCUCGUCCCGCCUGUGCUCCAGACGACGAAGACUCCGAUACGGACUCCGCAGGCGGCCUCGUCACACCCGUAGCAAACCAAUCGUCUCAGCUGCUUCAAGCAGUCGACAAGCUCGCCGUCCAGUAUGCGUGUUAUCAAAAAGUCGUGAUCGAUCACGCCGAAUUGCUGCACACGUCGAGACUAGAGAUCGAGCUCGCCUCUGCUUUCCGAUAUUUUCCCAAUCUCAGAACGAUUGGCAUGCGAAGAAGUGAAGACUAUGGGCCGUAUGGCUGGACAAUCCUACGGGAUGCCAUCGGUGACGACCCACGUGUGCUGGGUCCAAUUCCUUCGGGGCCUGUAUACGACUUGUCGGACUCUACCUUCCUGUUCAUGGCCAUCGUAUGUGCGGCAGCCAAGACCGGUCUCCGCUUAGAACGUCUCUAUACCGAUGCCAUUGAAAUUGACAAUAUCCGAGAGGAAUGGCUGCCUACAGCCACCCUUGAAGCUGCGUGCAGCUCGAUUCUGUACAUUGAACUCAACGCCGUAAAAGGCUGGCUGAAUACCCGACCUCACCUGAAGUCGCAACCAUACAACACCUUGCGACGUCCCGAAGACUUCGGCUCCGGUCUCACCAGACUCCUUACAGCCACGACCAACUUGAAGGAGCUCGGUUUACAAAUCUUCCCAGAUCGAAAACAGUCCCACAUGCUCGCCCCCACUGCUCGUAAUCCAGACAGCUGGCGCCUGAGCUACCCAUACGUCGUCCUACAGAAGCUCUCGACAUCCUUGGCUCUACCACACCUCACACGCCUCAAGCUAGAGAAAGUGACCACCACAUCCACCAAUCUGAUCAACUUCCUCAAACCCAGCGCUUCAAAUCUCACAAGCCUCAAAAUUCGAGACGUUCGCCUCCUCUCCUCCACUCCGACUUCCCCCAGCAACCCCUCCGUCUUCGUCACCACCAAUUCCUCCACCUCCAAUGACAGCGAAACCCGCCCCUGGCAAACAUUCUUCAACUUCCUCCUGACCUCCUGUCCAGCCCUCGACUCCAUCUUGCUCAAUCACCUCAUGCACGACCGGGGCACUGUAUCAUUUACAGAAGAAGAAGAAUCCACUCCGCCAUCUGUCUCUGCCGAGAAUGCAGAAUUCCUAAUUGACCACCUUCCACCCAGUCACGGAGGCCAGGGCAGUUUUACGAGGUAUGAACACGUCAAUCUGCAAGUCGAAGGCCGGGAGUCGGUAAGAAGGGAGUUGGAGAGGGUGGUAGGUGGUGGUCAUUGGUAUCAUGGGCCUUUGUUCAGUUACUUGAUGGACGAGGAGGUGUGGCAUACGGAUACUUCUGAUGAAGAGUGGUGA